AUGACUUACAGAGAUGUAGUCUUGUUCAAUACAGUUAUUUCCACCUCCUUUCGUACUAAUGGUAAACUUGGAGAAGGUGUAAAGUUAUUCUCAAAGAUGAAAAGAGAGGAUCUUGAGCCAAAUCAUAUUACAUUAUCUGCACUAAUUGGUGCUUGUGCUGGUUGUUCAGCUAGUGUGAACUUAACUGAGAUAUUUCAUGGUCAAGCAAUUCGAUGUAGGUUCUUGUCUAAUUGUUUUGUUGGAAGCUCUUUAGUUGAUAAUUAUGGAAAGCAAAUGAAAUUAAAGGAAGCUGUGCAUGCAUUUGAUGACAUAGUGGAGUUAGACUUGCUUUCUUGUAAUAUAACGAUCGACUGUUUUGCACGUAAUGGAUGUAAAGAAAAAGCAAUGAAAAUCUUUUCGAGGUUACGAAGCAAGGGUGUAGAAUUUGAUAGCUUCACUUUGAAUAAGGAGGCAGUUAAGUUCUAUGAAAGAAUGCUAAAAGUGGGGAUGAAGGAAAAUCAGUUCACCUUUGCUAGUAUUCUUCCCGCUUACAGUAGUUUAACAAGGUUGGAGCAAGGGAUGCAACUUCAUGGCAGGAUAAUCAAGUCGGGGUUUGUGUCAGAUACUUUGGUGUGUAAUGCUCUUAUUGAUAUGUAUUUCAAGUGUGGAAGCUUGAUAGAAUAG